AUCGGUGACAACAUAAUGGCUUGUCGGAGUGCCUGUUGCUGCGGUUUUGGUCCAGUGAAUGAGGAUAAUGCGAGGUUCCUUAUGCUGGCGCUGCUGAUAAUCCUCUACCUCUUGUGCGGGGCUGCUGUCUUUUCAGCACUCGAGCAUCCCAAAGAGAAGCAGGCGAAGGAAAAGUGGGCGCAGAGGUUUGAACAUUUCAGUAACAAGCACAACCUUAGCAGAGACGAUCUGGAGAAGUUCCUCAGGUUCUACGAGGAGGCAAAUGUCGCCGGUAUACGCGUUGAUACCAUCAGACCUCGAUGGGAUUUUACCGGUGCAUUUUACUUCGUGGGCACAGUGGUUUCAACUAUUGGGUUUGGAAUGACCACCCCAGCGACCGUGGGGGGCAAGAUCUUCCUGAUAUUCUACGGGCUCAUCGGCUGCGCCGCCACAAUCUUGUUCUUCAACCUGUUCCUGGAGCGUCUGAUCACCGUCCUGGCCUUCGUGCUGAAGUCCUGCUACGAGCUGCAGCGCCGGCGCAAGGGGGUGCUGCCCCACGACAGCCGGCGGGACUCGGCCCUGGGGGACGGGGAGAGCCUGGCGGGCUGGAAGCCCUCCGUCUACUACGUGAUGCUCAUCCUCUGCAUGGCAGCCGUCACCGUCUCCUGCUGCGCCUCGGCCAUGUACUCGGCCAUCGAGGGCUGGAGCUACUUCGACUCUCUCUACUUCUGCUUCGUGGCCUUCAGCACCAUCGGCUUCGGCGACCUGGUGAGCAGCCAGCAGCUGAGCUACGAGCACCAGGGCGCCUACCGCCUGGGCAACUUCCUCUUCAUCCUCAUGGGCGUCUGCUGCAUCUACUCGCUCUUCAACGUCAUCUCCAUCGUCAUCAAGCAGAUCCUCAACUGGAUCCUGAAGAAGCUGGAGGUGCCCUGCCGAUGCCACUGCUGCCCGGGCAAGGGCCUCCGCCCGCGCCGGAACGCCGUCAUGCCCGGCCACUUCCGCGCGCGCCGCAACAUCUCCAUCGAGACGGACGCCGCCAACGAGAGCGAGACGGACGGCCGCCGGAUGUCCGGGGAGAUGAUCUCCAUGAAGGACUUCCUGGCCUCCAACAAGGUGUCCCUGGCCAUCAUGCAAAAGCAGCUGUCCGAGACCGCCAACGGUCAUCCUAGACAGUCCAGCUCCUGCUCCAGGCACAAUGGCUUCUCUGGGGGAGUGGGAGCCCUCGGCAUCAUGAACAACAGACUGGUGGAGACCAGCGUGGACAGAUGAGUCCGUACA